AUGUCUUCCCAAGCGACCGAUCUCGACAAGGUCAACCCAAAAGCCGGCCCUCACUGUGACCAUGCCGCCAAUGACGACGGCGGUGACAUGCAGCGUCAGAAUCUGCCAGAAGCUAAAGUGAUGGAUGAAGCACAUAAGAGUGAGACAGCCGAGAAGAAGGAUUCCACCAGUUCUGAGGUCGUAGUAGACGAUUGUUUAGCGACUGAGGUGUAUUCUACGAUGCUCAACGACCUAUCUGUCACGCUUGAAGUCCGUGUCCGAACUUACGAUGAGCGUGAUGUGAAGGUCACAGUCGGAGCUGAGGUGUACCAUUACAAGCUGACGAAAGCGGAGACUAAAUCGUUGGUUGAGGAAUUGGAAAAGCAAGUGUCAAUGCUGGCUACAACCGAGAAGCUGCGAGAUGAACUCAGGGCAGGAUUGCGAAGACCAUUAGCCGAAUGGUUAGCUGAUGUCGAGGAGGGGAUCAACAAGCUCUCCGAAAACGGACUUCCAGAAAUGGCACCGCUCAUCGCAGAAGUUCGGGCUCACGUUGCGGCUUUGAAGGCGGAACGUGGAUUGAGCUGA